GCCUUUCCCUCCCCGCCCCCGGCCCUGUAGAGCCUGCCCUUAUCUGUGGGCCUGGGCGGCUCCGUUAUGGGGUGGGGCUGGCGAGCGGGGGCCUGGGCAGCCCUUGUCGGGGGGUGCGUCAGUCAGUGCUGGUUGUUCGUCCUCAGUGCAGGACAACAGCACCACAAUCAGGCAUGAUGGCUUCCUUCCUCCAGCGCUGCCCCUUCCUGACCCGGGACCCUAGCGUCUUCUUGGUCAAAGCUCGCCCCCUGCUGGUGAGCAGCGCCCAACGAUGUCCCGUCAUGGUGGCUCGGACCCUGAUGGACUCCUCCCCAGACCUGCAGAGGGGGAUGGACAACCCCAUCCCACUUGCAGGAUCUGUCCCCCAGGAGUCAGGGGCCCCAGAAGCAGCCUCCAGCCCUUCCCAGACCCACUGCCCCUUCAUGGAGUCGGAGGUGCGGGGCGGACGGAGCCGGAUCGUUCAGUGCGCGGGGCCAGAGGUGCAGGAGGAUGUGAAGGUCUACAAGGCAGACCCUCUCAGCUCUUUGCUCCUCGAGGUCCAGUCCAGCCUCCGGAAGAAAUUUCUGGGCCAUGAGGGGCCAGGGCCCGACGCCCGGCUCCUCCCCACCCACCUGCUCCAGGACAACAUGCCAGGCUCCGGGACCUUCUCCUACGAUUCCUUCCUGGAGGGGCGGCUGGAGGCCAAGCGCCGGGAUCACACCUACCGCGUCUUCAAGACGGUGACGCGCCGGGCGGACGCCUUCCCCUUCGCCCGGGCGGCCGCGGGCCCCGAGGUCUCGGUCUGGUGCAGCAACGACUACCUGGGCAUGAGCCGCCACCCGCGGGUGCUGCAGGCUGCCAUGGACGCCCUGCAGCACCAUGGCUUGGGGGCUGGGGGCACCAGGAACAUCUCGGGCACCAGCCAGUACCACGUGGACCUGGAGCGGGAGCUGGCCCAGCUCCAUCGCAAAGACGCUGCCUUGUUGUUCUCCUCCUGCUACGUUGCCAACGACUCCACCCUCUUCACCCUGGCCAGGAUGAUGCCCGGCUGUGAGAUCUUCUCGGACGCGGGGAAUCACGCCUCCAUGAUCCAGGGCAUCCGCAACAGCGGGGUCCCCAAGCACGUCUUCCGGCACAACGACCCCCAGCACCUGGCCCAGCUUCUGGGCCGCAGCCCCCCCGGCACCCCCAAGAUUGUGGCCUUCGAGACCGUGCACUCCAUGGACGGUGGGAUCUGCCCCCUGGAGGAGCUGUGUGACGUGGCCCAUGCACACGGCGCCCUCACCUUCGUGGACGAGGUUCACGCUGUGGGGCUGUACGGCGCCCGUGGGGCUGGCAUCGGGGAGCGUGACGGGGUGCUGGGCAAGGUCGACAUCGUCUCCGGCACCCUGGGGAAGGCCUUCGGCUGCGUGGGGGGGUACAUCGCCAGCACGGCCGCCCUGGUGGACACGGUUCGCUCCUACGCGGCCGGCUUCAUCUUCACCACCUCGCUGCCCCCGGCGGUGCUGGCCGGCGCCCUGGCCUCGCUGCGGGUGCUGGGGGGGCCCGAGGGCCGGGGGCUGCGCCGGGCCCAUCAGCGCAACGUCAAGCACCUGCGGCAGCUGCUGAUGGACGCCGGGCUGCCCGUGGUCAACUGCCCCAGCCACAUCAUCCCCAUCCGGGUGGGCGACGCGGCCCUGAACUCCCGGCUCUGCGACCUUCUCCUGUCCCAACAUGGCAUCUAUGUCCAGGCCAUCAACUACCCCACGGUGCCCCGGGGGGAGGAGCUGCUGCGCCUGGCGCCCUCCCCCCACCACACGCCCCCCAUGAUGGACUACUUCGUGGAGCGGCUGGUGCAGGGCUGGCAUGAUGUGGGGCUCCCCCUGCAGCCCCCCGCGUCCUCUGCCUGCCAUUUCUGCCAGCGGCCCCUGCACUUCGCCCUCAUGAGCGAGUGGGAGCGGGAUUCCUUCGGCAGCCUGGGGGCCCAGUACGUCACCAGCAGCGCGUGAGCCCGGACGGACCCCCCCAGCGCGGGACGGACCCCACGGCGCCACCUGACAAGGGCUCAGAAUAAAGCAUCUCAGCUUG